GCGGCGCGCGCGGGCUGGGCGCGGACGGGUGGGGCCGGGCGGUGCCGGUGCGGGCUGGGUCAGUGCGUGAGUAGCAGUCUUGGGGUGUGCGACCUAGCUGCGCCUCCUCGCACGGUUCGUCGUCGCGGGUUCGGGCCCAGCGGGCUUAGCCCCUCGCCAUGGACUCCCAGAAAAACUGGUGCACCAAGACUUGGAGAGGUGGACACAACUGGAGAAGCAGCAUUGGAGAAGCAACAGAGGAAGCUCUACAAAGGAUCAUUUCAACUCUGGCAAAUAAAAAUGAUGAAAUUCAGAACUUUAUUGAUACACUAAAUCAUACACUAAAAGGAGUUCAGGCAAAUUCAUCUAACAUACUCUCAGAGUUAGAUGAAGAAUUUGAUAGUUUAUACUCUAUACUGGAUGAAGUAAAAGAAGGUAUGAUUAACAGUAUCAAACAGGAACAAACUCGUAAAUCCCAAGAGUUACAGAGUCAGAUUAGUCAAUGUAAUAAUGCCCUGGAGAACUCUGAAGAACUACUGGAAUUUGCAACAAGGUCGUUAGAUAUAAAGGAACCUGAAGAAUUCUCAAAGGCUGCCAGACAGAUCAAGGAUAGAGUCACAAUGGCUUCAGCCUUUCGCCUUUCUUUGAAACCAAAGGUCAGUGACAACAUGACUCAUUUAAUGGUGGAUUUCUCACAGGAAAGACAAAUGCUGCAAACUUUGAAGUUUUUGCCAGUCCCCAAAGCUCCAGAGAUAGAUCCUGUAGAGUGUUUGGUGGCAGAUAACUCUGUAACAGUAGCUUGGAGAAUGCCAGAAGAAGAUAAUAAGAUUGACCAUUUUAUACUGGAACAUAGGAAGACUAAUUUUGAUGGACUUCCACGUGUAAAGGAUGAGCGAUGCUGGGAGAUAAUUGAUAAUAUUAAGGGUACUGAGUAUACACUAUCAGGCUUAAAAUUUGAUUCAAAGUAUAUGAAUUUCAGAGUGCGAGCUUGUAACAAGGCUGUGGCUGGAGAGUAUUCUGAUCCAGUGACUCUAGAGACCAAAGCACUUAACUUCAAUUUGGAUAACUCUUCAUCCCAUUUGAACUUGAAAGUUGAAGAUACCUGUGUAGAGUGGGAUCCUACUGGAGGAAAAGGCCAAGAAAGUAAAAUUAAAGGAAAGGAGAACAAGGGCAGUGUCCAUGUUACUUCACUGAAGAAACAUACAAGAAGUGGUACACCAUCCCCAAAACGAACAUCUGUAGGCUCCAGGCCACCAGCAGUAAGAGGCAGUAGAGAUCGUUUUACUGGAGAAUCAUACACAGUGCUGGGAGACACUGCUAUUGAAAGUGGACAACAUUAUUGGGAAGUCAAGGCCCAGAAGGAUUGUAAAUCCUACAGUGUAGGAGUAGCAUACAAAACGUUGGGGAAAUUUGACCAGUUGGGAAAGACAAACACUAGUUGGUGUAUCCAUGUCAACAACUGGCUACAAAACACAUUUGCAGCAAAGCAUAAUAAUAAAGUCAAAGCUUUGGAUGUUACUGUUCCUGAAAAAAUAGGUGUAUUUUGUGAUUUUGAUGGGGGUCAACUUUCAUUCUAUGAUGCAAACUCGAAACAGUUGCUAUAUUCCUUUAAGACAAAAUUUACUCAGCCACUAUUACCUGGUUUCAUGGUAUGGUGUGGUGGACUUUCUUUGAGUACUGGGAUGCAGGUUCCAAGUGCUGUGAGAACACUUCAGAAAAGUGAAAAUGGAAUGACUGGUUCAGCUAGCAGCCUGAACAAUGUUGUUACUCAAUAAUGUCUAAUCAGAAUACGUUUACCCUCCCUCUUGAUUGCGUGGCCUUUUCUGUGCAGUUACUAAUCACAGGAAUUUGUGAGUAGUGAAAUCAGGUUUGCUGUGUUGUGCUUUGAGGCCUGGAAUUUGUUAUCAUUAAACACCAAGUAUGAAGCAUUUGCAGGAACCUACUGUGCAGUAUCAUAGAAGCAAGCAGAUACCAAGCAAGAAACUGAUGAUUGAAGAGUAAAUGGAGGGAAAGGCAGUGUUUAAUUAUCAUAAAAAGUCAUUUUUUUAUUUCUUGGAUUACUUUGACUGUUCUAAUAUGUUUAAUUACAUAUGGCAACCCUAAGUCCUGGGGAGAAAAGCUUUUGUAUCUUGCCUUCUUUCUUCUGUACUUUGUCUAUUUUAAAAAUCCCAUUACUACUUAUUAUUUAGUUCUUACACAGAAGCUUUAAAAAUACAUAGUCCUCUAAGGUUUUCUAAAAAUUGAAAUCAUAUGUUGGGAACGAUAAGGUUUUCAAAUGGUUUAUUUUUCCUGUUUUUAAAAUAAGUUUUACAAAAUUAUCCUCUUUUGUUUAUUCACUAGAUUGUAUAUCAUUUUCUUUUUUCCAAAAUAUUGUGAUAAGAAGUUUCUAGACACAACAGUUUAAUCUUACCUUUAGUAGCUUGGUAACAUUCCCACUUGAAUGUGGCACUAACUGAUAAUAAUUAUGCUGAUGUUUAACAUCUCUAAUAGGAAUGACAGUUUAUUAAAGUUACAUAGAGGAUUGAAAAACAUACUACUCAAUUUUUAUCUAAGAAGGAUAGGUUAUAAAUGGAGAUACCUAAUACUCAAUGUAUAUAUUUUUUGAAUAACGUAUGGAAUGCUUUAAGCAAUUGUUUUGAAAAAAAUCUGCAUAUCUUUGACUUAAUUGGCACACAGGUUUUUCAAGCAGCCAUUCAUUCAGAGGUUAGUUUUCUGUCCGUCCUUUGCUACGUUUUUUUUUUAAAGAAAUGUUACUUAUUCCAAAAAUUAACAUAGAUGUCUUUCCCAAACUUGGGGUAAAACCCAUGGUUAUUAAGCAGAGCAUAACUAUUCUUAAAAAGUCAACUGUAAUUUGUAACUCACAUCCUUUGAGCUAAACUAAAAGUUAAAAUGACAGUAUUUAAUGAUUCCUUGUGCAUUUUUAAGAGGUCUGAAUUUGUUUUUCUUAAUUUUUGAAACUUUUCAUUUGUCUUUUUUUCAUUCUCAUUUUAAAUAUAUUGUGCUAUGAUAACCUUCCUCCAGGGAUUGACCAUUACUGCCUACAUUUGAGUUGCUUUCUACAUAAAGACCUGUGUAAUAGUAUUAAUAAUAGCUCAUUCUGAAUCUCUAAAAAUUUACUGCUUACUGAUAGGAUGUUUUGUUCCCUUGAUAAAACAAAUGUAAAUGAGGAGUUUUAUUUGGAGUAUUGUUUUUCCAGAGGACAUUAAUAUCUGCACUAUUAUCUAAUGACAUGUUGGUAAUUUUAAAGACUGCAAGGCAGAGAAUGAAGUAUGCCAAUAGAUAUUCUUUUGAUUCUCCAAGGAAAUAUAAUUUUGGUUUUUGUUCCUCAUAGAGAGUUUGAAAGAAAUUUUCAGAUGUUCUGUUUCCUAUAGAGGGGCUAUUCCAGUAUCUUAAGUAAAUGGAAAUUUAUAAUGCACUUCAUAGACUCAAACCUGAAAGCAGAAAUUUUUAGUAGUUGAGUUGCUUUAAGUGAAUUUUAGCAAAUAUGAUACAGAAAAGGCCAGAUGCUCUUGUAUAAAAUUUUUUACUACUGUCUUAUAUAAUUGUUUCUUCUCAUUAAUUCAGUGCCUUUUUCCUCUAAGCAUACUCUUGGUCCCUGACCCAUGCAGUGUCAACUGAUGUUUAAGCUACAGAGCAUUAUGUUAAAGUAGUGAGGGCCCUCUGCUGCAGGGGCAUGGGGAAAAGCAUAUAUGAAGCGGGCUGGAGGAGUAUACUUGAUUCUUGUGCUCAUGUCAUCCUUUGAAACUCUUCGCUUAAAAUUUUCUAAUAUUCAUUUGGAAAACCUCUCCAGUGGAGAGGUUUCAUUUCUAAGAGUCUUUGUAGUAAUUGUAUAAGUUCAGUAAAUCCAGAGUCCAAAUUCUCAUCACAUGUAUUACUUGAUAUUAAAUUAUGCAGUUAUUAACUUCAAAAUAAGAAUCUGAGGAUUUCUUCUUACUGUCCUUCUUAAAGGUCUCUAAAAUUAAAGAACAAGAUGUGUGAGGUUUUUUGGUUUAAGAUGUUUUUAGCUUAUUUGUUGUUAAGUUAAACUGAAAAAAGUUUGUCAUCCUCAUUCCAAACUAAAAAAUAAUCAAACAUAGUGACUUUAAAUAAUCUUAAAAUAAGGUAACUAUUAACCAUAGUAUAUAAUAUUCUCAUUGACAUUUGAAUUUAAAAAUAUUGAGCUCAUGCUCAGUUUAAUACAUUGUAGAAAAUAUUAAACCCUUUCAGACAUCUUUUGUUGCUUAUUUAGUUUUUGUUUCCACAGGACAAACAUGAUUGCUUUCUAUAAAAGAAAUGCUUGAGAGGUUGACUAUAAAAAACAUGGAUUUAGUGUGGCAUUUCUCUUUUAGCAACUGAAUUCCAAACCAGUUUUAUUAAACUGGAUGUAGAAAUGAAGGAGCUGCCUUAACUAUAGAAAAAAGUUUUUUGACAAUGCAUUUUGACUCUCAUGGCUGACCAUGUCACAUUUUAUCUUUAAAUUUUGGUAAAUAUGUAGAUACCAAGCAUUAAUAACUAAGGCAUAGAGAAAUUUAAUAUACAGCAAUUAUUUGAAUGUCCCAGGUAUAAGGUAAACUAAUUGUAAGUAUUAAGUACAUGCCUGUCUAUACAUGGGUUGCAUUGAUGGCAUCUGUAUCAUCUUGACAAAUCAUGAACUACUGCUGUACAGCUAGAAUUGGCCUAUUUACUCUGUUCCACAAACAGUAAUUUUAUGAAAAGAGACAUAUUGGUUUGCUGUUAUUUACUUAUUUAUGAAAUUAAAGCAUGAAUAAUAUCAUGUAUAAUUUGAAAUUUUUGUGACUGAUCCUUGAUGGUAUAAAUAAUAAAAGUAAAUGUAAUGGAAUCUUUUAAUUAGGCUAAGAUAUGCUAUUUCAUGACUAGAAUGAUUAAUUUUUCUCUAUAUACUUUGUCCAUAAAAUUAUAAUUGUUUAAGUAAUUUUAUUUUUUCUUAUGAAAACAAUUGGAAAAGUAUAUGGAAAAUGAUUAUUUCAAAGAGUGUUUAUUUAAAGAGGAAAGGUAGACUUCUUACUAUAAAAUAUGUGAUUCCAGGCUUAAGAAAUUAAUUAUAUUUUAAAAUAAUUAUUUUUUAAAAUGUGAUUUCUUUUUAAAAGAUCAGCCUCCAUUCAUUGGCUAAUUCAUACAACAAAUAUUUGAGAGUUUGUGAUAUGGCAGUAAAGAUGUGAUGAUUACUUUGUAUGCACAUUAACCAAAACGAAUGAAGUUUGAUGUACUGUGCAUAUAGUUUUGCAGCUUUUUGAGUAGUGUGACAGAGUCUGCAUCUUAAAAAUAUUUUGCUAAUAAGUCAGAAGUUUAAAAUGUCUUACAGUUUGCUAGAAAAAAAAUCAAAUUAACUGCAUAUAAAUGGUUCACUUUUAUAUAGUCACAUGUAAUGAGUCUGAAAAAGUUUCUUCUUUGAUUUUGUGUUUACUUUAGAUAUAUUCUUUUAGUGAAGUGUAUGGUCAACAUAAAUUUACUCAGUAUACAGAUAAUCAUAAAGUUGUUAUUUUUAACCAAAAUAUACAUUUCAUACUGUUGGUAUUGGAGUAUUAUAAGAGAUCAUGAAUGUUUCCUGAAUUAUCAUGGCAAGAUUACCUCACAUUCAGUAUAGUUUAGUUUUAUGUGUAUCUUACAGUAUGCACAUUCUUCAGUUAUUUGUGAUCCUGAUAUGUCACAUAUAAUAGCUUUGUUACCUGGAGUAUUUGAUUAACCUAAACAGUUUAAGCAUUUUUAAUUAGUUGGAGUUUAAAUUGAUUACAUUUGGUGUAUGUUGUCUUCAUUGAAAAGAUACUGUUGGACAUGCCAUAUCAAAGUUAGUAUUCACUUAUAAAUAAAUACCAGAAUUUGCCAGUACACUUUUCUAUGCAGAUGACUCAAUUAUUAAAUAAAAGAAUAUUAUUUCUGAGUGAAUAUAGGAUACUGACUUCUGAUUCAUAAUCAUUUAAGCUAAGUGAGUUUAAACUGAUACCUUUUCUUAGUGGUACCCAUUCAGUGUAAGCUGGUCCAUGGGAAUGGACAUGUAGAGGAUUUCACAGUAUGUAAGGCAGAAGGCAGGUGAAUGUGUUUGCUUUGGCCUGGAGCUUAUUAAGUUUUGCUAGUGUUAAAAUAAUUCAAAUAGUAAGUGGUAAAACACAUUUUUGUCAGUAUUGGAACUUUUUGGAGAACAUAAGGGCCAUGAGAAUGCAUGAUUUUUAACAUUUCCUAUAUAUCUAAGGUACCAAAGCACUGAGUCUAUUUUACCUAUUAAGGGAGACUCUUUAAAAUCAAAUUUAUAACUAAUUCAUACUAUAAGACAGAUAAUAGCUAAAGUUUUGAAAUAAUUUAUAUUAAAAUCCACAAGUCUUAAAAAUUCCUGGAUGCGAUAUAAAAAGGAUAUUGGCUUCUUUAUUGCAGUAUUUAAAAUUAAUCACCUUAGCUCUACCAUAUACUAGAUCUGUGACCUCUACAUAAAUCGUUUAUCAUCUUUGGGCCUCUAUUGCCUUAUUUAUAAAAUAAUUAUAAGUUGUACAGCCUACCUCACAGGGCUGUUGUGAGGAAUAAAAUGAAAUGGAGUAUGUGAAAUUGCUUCAGCAGCAGUAAAGUGCUAUGUAAAUGUAAAGUGUUCUUUUUGAAUAAUAAUGGAUAUUUAAGUGUUUGGAUAAUUCUAGAUUGCAUUUAGUUUGAUAAAGCAUGUGCUUAACGUGGUAUCACCAGUGAUUUCAAACAUGACUUAAAAAAUAAACCCCAAUUAAAAUGCUCGUUAAUAUUCAUUUAGUUUAUGCAUGAUUUGUGGACUUUCUGUAUUUUCUCAAGCUUAUUUCGCUAGAGCUAUAAAAGCUUUCUCACAGCAUUGGUGUGUCAGUGUAGAAUAGUGGCAUAAAUAAACAAAUGGAUUAAGCUACAUUUCCUUGCAGGCAUUUGCACUUUGAAGUUAGGGCUGCUCAGUGCCACAUGCAAAGAGUGAAUUUGGUCUAAACAAUUCUUUCCAAACAACCAGAUGGCUGGGCAGUUUGUUGUCACUGGAUAAAUGAUAUAAAAUGUAACCACGGAACAUUUGACAACUUCGUUGCAUUGUUAUUUAAUAAAAAAAGAUGAAGCAUUUCAAAACCUU